CUGCCGCACACCCACAUCCAUGCGGACAUAAGCGCCAUCAAGUGCGUUGAUUUCACAGCAUGCGUACGUCGGCUCCAUGGCACACACAUGCCUGGCACACCUACAGAAAUCACACUCGCUGUCACUGCUCGGAGGGUGGUCGUGGGCCGCUCUGAGGCGAAGUGGACCGCAUCGCACGGAGGGCGGGAAAGAUGGGCGUCUGCCUAAUGUUCUGAAGAGAGACACACACAGACAGACAGACAGACAGACAGACAGAGACAGACACGCACAGACAGGCAUCUUCACACCGUGCCUUUAAAUAUUGCGUGACUUUGCCAGCUGCUCAUGGUCCGUUUCGUCCUCACCUUGAGGAAGACGUGGAGGGGUAUGGUCGUGUCGUCAUCGAGUGUCGUCACCGGACGCGCAAAUCCAGCUUCGAGCAGCAGAUCAGAUGACACUGAGAAGUCCUUGGUCUUCAUCCCAAGGUUGCCCAGCGCCUGACACGACAGACACGCAUCAGCGACCAAUGAAACAAUCCGUUCGCCCCCCGACUCACCAACCCACCUCUGCGACGUCGACGACGUUGAUGGUGGGCCCCUGAAUGGCGACGUCUUUGGGAACGGUGCCGGCACUCAAGCGGCGCAGCAUGCGGGACUGCAGGUUCUGGGAGUGCUCAGCCGCCUCCUCACCUUCCCCCGCUUCUGCUGCUUCCGCUGCCCGUGGCGAAGCUGCCACGGGCACAGGCACUGACGUGCCUUGAAGGGUCUCACGCAGCGUCUCCUGUCAACGUAGACAUCCACACACAGGGGUUCCGCUCAGUCACACACACGCACUCCUUUAUGUCUUCCAACCUCGGUGAUUUUGAGUUGUUUGUAUCGCUCGUCGAGGUGCUGGAUCCUAAUGGCGUACGCGAAGGGGCACAGCACGUGCAGGUCGUCGUUCAACAGCUGCACGGAUGCAUGACAUGACACACACGUCUCUUCUCUGUGUCUCCCCCUCACUCACUCACUCACUCACUUACUCACCUCCGCCGCUUCGACGAUCAGCCGGUUCGGGCCGGCUGGCAGAGCCUGCACAGACAGACGCGUACACAUCAACCAUCAAUCGAUCGAUCGAUCAACGACAUGCGUAUCGGGUGAUCCUUGCUCGAUUGGCUCGAUCACAGUCAAGCCUGACUCCCUCACUCACUCACUCACUCACGCACCGACUGCAGUUCCUCCCAGUUGCUUCGCGGCUUGUUGUAGUACGCCUUCUGCAGCCGCUCAAAAAAAACCUUCUUGGUCAUCCGGAGGCUCGCCCGCCACGGCGCAGGCGAAGCAACAGGCGGCAACAGACACACCCUGCAGCACCCACGCGCACGUGUCUCACAGGCGAGGCAAUGCAUGCACUGACCCGUCGUGUUGCUGUAUGGGCGGCGCAGCGGUUCCCUCCGCGGCUUGGCCAUCGUCUUGCUUAGCGGGUUCUGGUGAGGUGGCGGGGUUUGUUGGCGGUGCCGAGCGGUCGCCGGCGAGUCUCUUGAGGAGGUUGGAGCACAGCGACUCGUUGUCCUCCACAACCCAGUCGGGCAGGUGACCUGUAGACACAUGCAUCCAUCCACCUAUCCACCUAUCCACACAUUCAGAAGUGAGAUUGAUUCAUCGACCGACCAGUGAGCAGCAUGAGGAAUCCGAGGAAGGACGGCUCUGCGGCGUACCGACACACGGCGUCCACCACGGACAGACCCCUACAGGCACAGCAGACGAGGGGACCAGCUUAAGAGCCCAACACCACGUAAAUCCGUGUGUGGGUUGGCAUAAAUGAUCACAUAUACCAUUGUGUCUUGGCGCUUGGGUCUGACAGCUGGUGGGGCAGGUUGUCCAACAUGUACGUGAAGAACUGCAGACAGACACAGGCUCACCCACACAGCUGAGUAUACAGUGUACAGAGAGACGGACAUGACGUCUCUGUCUGCCUACCGGCAGGUGUGAGUGUUUCAAUUUGUGCCGUCUCUUGAGCAGCCCCAUCAGGAACUCCUUCGUGACCCCACGACUCAGCCGCAGACGCACGAUGGGCUCCUUGCGGCUGCACACACCAGACCCACCAACACACACCAUACACCCUGUGUCAUUUGGCCAGCGCCCAAUCAUCAGGCCCGUUUCCCUACCCUCACUCACAUGAGCACGGCAGUGCCUGCCGCGGCGACACACGGAGGAAAGUCUGCAGGUCUCGCCCUGACAGCCUUGCUGCCGUCCUCCCCAUCGGGCGUCCCCGGCGCCACGGGAGGAGUGAGCAAACACCUGUCGGUCUCGGUGGUCUGCACGUCCUCAGCGUCUUCGACGUCUCCCACAUCGCCCCGGUCGCCGAUCAUUAUCUGAAGCUCGGCCACCAUCCUGUCGGUCUGGCCCUUGCUCGACAGCAGGGAAGAGUUUUGGUGCGCCGUGUGGACGCCGUAGGCAUACACAAGAGCACGCGAACGGCGGAAGACAUGGUCGAGCAGCGACUGGACCUGCAGAUGGGUGAGACGGGGGAGUGUGGUGUCUUGGCUGGCUGCAAGGCCUGCUGUCACUCGCACACGCAUACUCACCUCGUCUGCGCGUUGCCACGUCCUUUGCCGGUCGCUCUCGAAGGCAGAGACGAUGCCUGCACAAGCAUAUUGAUGCAUCAGCCAGUCAGAUAACACGGACCCGUCAGUCUGUUCUGUCCUGUAUGGGGCGUGUGUACCCGAGUCUGCGAUGGGUCUCCAUGUAGGCCGUGGAGUGAGGCAGCGGGCCUGGUCCCUCCGGAUGGCCUUCGGAUCGAGGCCCACCAGCUCGCUGUAGAGUCUGGUUGCUGCAUCGUAGUCUCGUUGCUGCAUCCAUCCAUCCAUCCAUGAGCGCAGGUAAGCAGGUGUGAGACACUAACAAAGACGUGGACGCAUCCAACCACCAACCCACACAUGUCUCGCCCCUCCCUGGCUGACCGACCGACCAUGGCCUGGCAUUUGUCCAUGAGUUCCGCGAUGUGGUCCUGCUUCUGACGCAGCUUCUCCAGAAGAGCCUGCAGGCACACCAUGCAUGUAUCACACGAAAUCGUCAUCCAUCAGUCACCCCUCUCCUUCUUUCUCUUGCUUGCCUGGUAUGUCUCUCGGUCAAUGAGUUUCGAUCGAGACUGCGUCUCCUCGUGCAGCUGCUCUUCGAGCGCUUUGAGGUGAUUCUCGCUCUACAUACAUAGACGCACUUCAUGAAAUGCAUGACAUGAAUGGUCGUAAUAGCGCUCUCGUGACCUCUGCGAGUUUGUUCUUAAGGCGUGUGAUUUCGCUCUGCUGCGCCACCUCCCUCUUUUUGAUCUCCUCGACGGCCUCGACGGCCCUGCGGGAGUGCCGCACCAGCUGGUAUGACUGCUCGUGCAGCUCCUCGCAACGCGCCUGGGAACUGUGGUACUGUAUGUACAGAUGGUAGAGAACGUGUCAGGGGCGUAUACUGGAAUCAAUUUCCUCUCUCUCUCUCUCUCUCUCUCUCUCGCCAUACCUACCUGUUCCUUCACGGUGUCGUUCUCCUCCCUAACCAUCUUGAGAUCUCUAUCCUGCACGCCCAACCGCUUCUGCAGCCAUACAUGCACACCCACACCCACACCAAGUGUGGCCGCACAGAGGUAACUGGCUUGUCUUUGGCUGACCCGGGCCUCUGUGAGUUUCCUCUCCAUGUCUGAGAGAUUCUGAGACGCAGUGCACUGGAGUUCGCUGUACUUGCCUAGGCAGUGCAUGCAUCAUACAGACCAAAUGACCAAUGCCAGACACCAGACACAGGUCUGCCCCGUAUUACUUGUCGUCUCAUGCUUCAGCGUCUUUAGUCGGCUCUGCAGAGCCAAGCGGGCACAGUUCUUUUAGGCUGUUCUUGUAUGUAUUUUCCUCUAACCUCUCCCAUCUCCCUCACCUGCAGUUUGCUGACACUCUGGAUUUUUGUCUCGUAGUGGUCGAUCGUCGCGUGGUACUCCCUCUUGAUGGCGUUCAGCACUGACUGGUACGACGGCAGGUGGGCCGCCAGGGCGUCAAAGGCACUGCUGAACACCUAAGCGCAUACAUGCAUUUUGCAUCGACGACACAAUCGCCGACAUGACGCAAAUGUUGUGCAAGACCUGACCUGUAGCCUUGCCGGGCACGGCGGUGCCACGUCCAGGCCGUUCUCGCGCAGCCCCUACGACGAACACCAACACGUAGCAAGGGCCUGACAUGUAUCCCUCGGGUGUCCCCUAUCCACCUGCUGGAUGAACUCCGCGAUUCCCUGGGCGACUUCUGCAGGCGAUGGUGGGGCCUGACCGAAGAACUCCUUGCUGUGCUCUGGCUUGUAUAUGACCAGAGAGGAAGCCUCCAGCCGCUGGGACGCCUGCACUGAGGCACGGGCUGUCUUCGGCUCCUGUAGCGGUACAAUGAUAGACGGUCAUCCAAAGGAACAUCAUGCACACACAAUCAGUGACUGCAUGGAUGGAUGAGUCUCUCGCAAUCGAUUGAGGUAACAGAGCAGCACGAAGACAGACAAGGAAGCCCUGUCACGUACCCUGCAUUGGGUGUGCCAGUGGGGGCUGGAGCUCACAUCAGACAUGCGAGGCGAAUG